AUGGCGGACCAAAACGAUGUAGAUCUCGAUUCCAUCAUCGACAGACUGUUGGAGGUACGAGGCAGCCGACCCGGCAAGCAAGUGCAGCUCUUAGAAGCAGAAAUCCGUUAUCUAUGCACAAAGGCGCGAGAAAUCUUCAUCUCCCAACCAAUCCUCCUCGAACUGGAGGCACCAAUCAAGAUCUGUGGUGAUAUCCAUGGCCAAUAUUAUGAUCUUCUCCGUUUGUUCGAGUAUGGAGGCUUCCCUCCGGAGGCAAACUACCUCUUCCUAGGAGACUACGUGGAUAGAGGCAAGCAAUCUCUUGAGACAAUCUGCCUGCUCCUUGCCUACAAGAUCAAAUACCCCGAAAACUUUUUCAUCUUGCGCGGUAACCAUGAAUGCGCGUCCAUCAACCGCAUCUACGGCUUCUACGAUGAGUGUAAGAGACGGUACAAUAUCAAGCUUUGGAAGACCUUCACGGACUGCUUCAACUGCCUUCCCAUUGCGGCAAUCAUUGACGAGAAGAUAUUCACAAUGCACGGCGGUCUUAGCCCAGAUCUGAAUUCCAUGGAGCAGAUCCGCCGUGUCAUGCGACCCACCGAUAUUCCUGACUGCGGUCUGUUGUGCGAUCUCCUCUGGUCUGAUCCAGAUAAAGACAUCACCGGUUGGAGUGAAAACGACCGAGGUGUAUCUUUUACCUUCGGCCCCGAUGUCGUCUCCCGUUUCUUACAGAAGCAUGAUAUGGAUUUGAUCUGCCGAGCCCAUCAAGUAGUCGAAGACGGAUAUGAAUUCUUUUCCAAGAGACAAUUAGUCACCCUCUUUAGCGCACCCAACUACUGCGGAGAGUUUGACAAUGCAGGCGCAAUGAUGAGCGUAGAUGAGAGCUUGUUAUGUUCGUUCCAGAUUCUGAAACCAGCGGAGAAAAAACAAAAGUACGUUUACGGUGGUCUAGGUGCCAGCAGGCCCGUCACUCCUCCGAGGAAGCAGAAAAAGUAG